CACUGAUAGGUGGCACUGACUGACAUCACUGCUGGGUACUGACUGGCGGCACUGCUGCGCACUGACUGGCACAACCGCUGGGCACUGACUGGUGGCACUGACUGGCAGCACUGCUGGGCUGCACUGAUGGGUGGCACUGGUGGGCACAGGUGGGUGGCACUGGUGGGUACAGGUAGGUGGCACUUUUGGGCACAGGUGGUGACACUGCUGGGUGGGUGCAUUGCUGGGCACAGGUGGGCGCACUGUUGGGCACAGGUGGGCGGAACUUGUGUGUGGCACUGCUGGGCACCGAUCAUCAGGGCACUGAUGAUCAGUGACCCUGAUGAUCGGUGCCGAUCCCCGCUCUGACAAUUGCCGGUUUUCGGCAGCACUUUCCUCACGAUCUGACAGCGUGAGGAAAGUGCAGCCGAGAACCGGCAUUUGCAU